CACUUUUUUAUGCAUGGGGCACAACUGUAAUUAAGAGGUGCAGGAUGAAAAGAUGGCACAAUCAGUGCUGGUACCACCAGGACCUGACAGCUUCCGUUAUUUCACAAAAGAAUCGUUGGCAGCUAUUGAACAACGUAUUACCGAGGAAAAAGCGAAGAAGUCCAAACAGGAACGCAAAGACAUCGACGACGAUGAAAAUAAACCAAAACCCAAUAGUGACUUGGAGGCUGGCAAAUCACUGCCCUUUAUAUAUGGAGACAUACCUCCGGGAAUGGUGUCUGAACCUUUGGAGGACCUGGACCCGUACUACCUUAACAAAAAAACAUUUAUAGUAUUGAAUAGAGGGAAGGCGAUCUUCCGAUUCAGUGCCACUUCCGCCGUGUACCUGUUAACUCCUUUCAACCCUCUUAGAAAAAUAGCUAUUAAAAUUUUGGUACAUUCAUAUCCUUUUCAAGUGGUUGAUUUGCAAUGUAUAAAAAGUGCUAAUUCUGUUUUCAGUAACAUUAUUAUUCUUAGGCACUUGGCCCCAGAGAACAGAUGA